GUGGUACAGCGGGUUAUACUACUACCCUAGCUCCGACCUGGUUAACGGCAGGUGGUGUGCGGUUCAAUCAUAUGGUUUUCGUUGUCGCAAGUGUACCUCUAUCCUACCUACUAGCUCGGAGUCCAAAGUUGAAAGCUUCCCCUCUGAGCCACACCUCUUUCCAUCGCCGAGGCUGCUGGCUGUUGUUGUUCCGUGAUCCAUUGGCGCCUCUUCCCCAGUCUCGCCCAUCUCGUUCAGGCCAUCGCCAGCAACCUACAAGAUGGCCAGCAAGCUCUGCAGAAGCAGGGCCCUGGCCUCUGCCCUGCGCUCCGCGAAGCCGUCGCCAGCUAUCAGGUGCCUCGCGACCACCAGCCGUAACCUUAUCAACAUGCCCGAAGGCCCCAACCCGCGGCAGUUCCCCCGUGAGCCCCUGCCGGGCGCCCUGAAUGCAGCCGUGGUCAACCCGGCCGACAAGUACCAGUCCAAGGCCGACAAUCUCCACAAGUACGGGUCGUGGCUCAUGGGCUGUCUCCCCAAGUACAUCCAGCAAUUCUCGGUUUGGAAGGACGAGUUGACCAUUUACAUUUCUCCCGCCGGAGUCAUCCCUGUCUUUUCGUUCCUCAAGUACAAUACGGCGGCCGAAUACACCCAAGUGAGUGACAUCACUGCGGUUGAUUUCCCCACCAAGGACCAGCGCUUCGAGGUCGUCUACAAUCUGCUGAGCGUGCGCCACAACUCGAGAAUCCGCGUCAAGACGUACGCCGACGAGGUGUCCCCCGUGCCCAGCAUCACCCCCCUCUACGAUGGCGCCAACUGGUACGAGCGCGAGGUCUACGAUCUCUUUGGCGUCUUCUUCACCGGCCACCCGGACCUGCGCCGCAUCAUGACCGACUACGGCUUCGACGGCCACCCGCUGCGCAAGGACUUCCCCAUGACCGGCUACACCGAGAUCCGCUACGACGAGGAGAAGAAGCGCAUCGUGACGGAGCCUCUGGAGAUGACACAGGCCUUCCGCAACUUUGAGGGUGGGUCCAGCGCCUGGGAGCAGGUCGGAGCCGGUAUCGACCGCAAGCCCGAAUCUUUCAAGCUCCCAACGCCGAAGCCGGAGACGAAGCCGGAGGAGAAGAAGUAGACGGAAAGAAACGGCACACCAAACACCACUUCAAACACGAAAUUUGGGGGAGUGGAGAAAGGUUGUAGAUAUUUGCUGGGUAUGGCAAGCCUUCUGCAUCCAGCUGGUUGGUUCUGUGGGUUUGCGCUUUGUAGAUAGUUUACUCGGAGCACAGAACGAGAGCUACUACUUAGAUGGGGACGGCAAUACAGAACGUCCACCACAGGACUCCAAUCUAUGACUGACUCUGCGAGUUAUUGUACACCAUGGGGUCGCAAGUCAGCAUAUGGGUAGUAUAUGGGAGUUCUGCUAAUCGAAUUGGAGCAUGAUGACUUUCGGUAGGCGGAUUUACCUAGAUUCUCAGGUCUGUAUCUAUUCCUGUGCUGUGGCUCUGGACGGCUAACCCACCUCUUUGUAUGGAAUCACGGUAAGAGGCAGCGGUCACAAAGUCAAUCUGUGAACAGGAUAUUAUAUGGCCAAAGUCAAGCACUUCAACCAAACCGACCUCGAGCUUCCUAGCAGCGUAGGGCCGUAGUAUAUGGUCAAACUAUACUCUUUAAAACUCUUAUUUUUUCACCUCCGAAUCAGAAUCGGC